UCCGGAAGGUUUUGCUCUUUUCGAAUGUGUCCCCAACAUUGGCCACAGAAGUUUUUUUUACUACGUCGGGCGUGUUUACUUCGUACCCAACUAGAUUCUACUCAACACAAAAUUUAUUUUUGACAGAUUGUUUCAACUUUUAAGUAACUAGUUUUGAUUCAGUGUGUACACGCUGCAUUUGUGUGACAUCUGUCAAAUGAAUGAAUAAUCCUGUGAUAAAUAAUACAGUAUCAUCAAUAUUAAUAUUUAUUAGUUUUGUCCUGGUCUCGGGACUUAAUAACCCUUUCUCAUUGCAUCAAAUUUUCCGCAAUCAGAUCAAAUCGGAAACGAAAAGAAUAAGUAAGAAGCAGUACCGGUGACUAGUGAUUUUUUCCUUGGUUCCUCAGUAGCAAAUGAAUCUCGCUGAAUUCAGUGUUAUUAAAUAAAUCACAGCUACUCCACACAAAAUCGACAACAAUUUAGCAAAUUCGGAUGGCGGAAUCCGCUUGCCUGACCUGUAACAAAACAACCGAUCCGGGCUCAUCGGAACCGAUAGGCACUAACGAAAACAUCCAACGGGCUUUGUCGAAGCACUUCUGGUUCACUGAAGAUGAAAGUCACCAUAGGGUCCUGUGCCAACUGUGCUGGGAAAAGAUUUACGACUUCCAUAGAUUCUACUGCGAAGUCGAGCAGAUGCACUGCCAGCCGGAAAGCCAAAUUGCCAUUCAGUUUCUAUCGGUUAAACAAGAACCCUUUCAGCCAGAGGAGGCAGCCGAACCAUUGUCAGAAAACUCACCCGAACCGUCAGUGAAGAAAGAAGCCGUUGAUAAAGAUGACGAAGACGAGGAUUAUGAUGAUGAUAAUGACGUCCUGUCUGCUUACGAUGACAACGAAGAAAGCGCCAAUUUCAAUGAAGCAUCGGAAAAGGGUGAAAGCUCGGAAGAUACAAACAAAACUCCCAAGGGAAGAAAAAAGCGCAUCCGGCCGAGGAAGCGUCCUCCCCAGCCCGUCAGCGAACAGUUCAUCGCUGAUCAUAUCAAUUUGGAGUGCGACACGUGCUCGUCAAAAUUCGCAACGUUUACGGACCUGCAAAAGCAUUCAACGGCACAGCACGAGAAACUUGCGUACGUGUUCUGCUGCGAUUUCAAGUUCUGCCGAAAGCCUCGACUCAUCGAUCAUAUGUUGUAUCAUCUGAACCCGAACCAGUUCCAGUGUGAUAAAUGCUCUAGACAUUUCCUGAACAGAGAAUCGUUGAAACGUCACACAGCCUCGGUGCAUGUUUCGGAACCGGAAACGGUCUUCAAAUGCAGUUACUGUACGAAAAUAUUUAAACGGGCGAAGGUUCUGCAGGUCCACGAAAAAUACCACCGGAAGUUGAGCGAGAAAAAAUGGCACUGUGCUGAAUGUGAUAAGUAUUUCGCCUAUGAAUCGCUGCUGCAAAAUCACAACCAAAGGAAGCAUCUGACGGGGACGGAUCAGGAGUUCAUGUACGUGUGUCACGUCUGUGCGAAGGGAUUCCAGACGAUGGCAUCGUACACGUUGCACGUAGAAUCGCACAAUGAGAAUUUUAAGCGGGUCAAGCAACCGUCGGAGGUGGAACGGGUUCAGUGUACGGAGUGUGGAAUCUGGCUCUACCGGAAGGGACUGCGGAAUCACAUGAUGCGCCACACGGGAAGCUGCACGUGCGAACAUUGCGGACAGGAGUGUAAGAGCUUGAAGUCUUUGCAGUAUCAUCGUGCUCAGCACCAGAAGGCGGACAUAGUUUGCUCCGUUUGUGGGAAGGUGUUCAAGCAGCAGAUCAGUUUGAAGGAACAUAUGACGUCCCACACGGGAGAAGUGCUGUAUCGGUGUGAUUUCUGCGAGAAGACUUUCAAUUCAAAAGCAAACAGAGCUGCCCAUAGAAAAAAGAUGCAUCCAAAGGAGUGGCUCGAGGAAAAGUUACGGAAAAAUCCUAAUUUGGAGGCGGAACAGGGACCACUGCUGCGACAGUUACUUCCAAACUUUUCGAAUGGUGAAGAACUGUUUAUUCCUCAAAUGAAUGCACCAAUUUGUCUUACUUGCACUAAAACCCUCGAACAGGAUUCGCCGGUGAUCGUUUGCGACCACGAAGAUGUAAAGACCGCUUUGUUCAAACAUUUUUGGUUUCGUGAAGAAAUCAUCGAAUCAACCGUCCUGUGUCGUACCUGCUGGUCAAAGAUCGACGAUUUUCAUCGAUUCUACUGCGAUAUUAAACGGGUACAUCUGUCACUGAAGAUCGUUCCGAUACCGUUGGAUGUAGAGGAAGAGAAAUACGACUCGCAGAGCGAGGAUGACAACACAAAUGAAACAGGACAAAGAUCGAAGUACGCUAGUGACCACUCAGAAACCGUCGUUUUGAAAGAGAAUCAAAUCCGAACUACUCGACAGAAGCCUAAGAAAACGAACAACCGGGUGGGUCGACCGGUAAAAAGUUGGCAAAAGAGCAUCAAAGACGAAGAGUUUAUCGGCGGGAACAUCAAUCUGGAGUGUGACACCUGUUCCGUAAAAUACAACACGUUCCAGGAACUGCAGAAACACUCCCUGGCGCAGCACAAAAAGCGAGCGUAUGUGUUCUGUUGCGAUCGGAAAUUUACCCGAAAACCAAGACUGAUCGAUCACAUUCAGUUCCAUCUGAAUCCGGCCCAGUUCCGGUGUGUCGUUUGCUCAAGACAGUUCCAGCACAGUGAAGCAUUGAAAGCUCACACGGACAAGAUGCACAACGAAAGCGAACAGAAGACAUUGCAGUGCAGUGUUUGUCCGAAAACGUUCUCACAGCGGAAGUUUUUGAAUAUCCACGAAAAGUAUCACCGGAAAAUGAAUGAAAAACGGUGGCACUGUGACAGCUGUGAUCGAUACUUUGCGUACGAAUCGAUGCUGCGGCAGCAUAUUCGGGUGAUACAUUUGAAAGAGUGCAAAUAUGUGUGCUAUGUUUGUGCGAAGGAGUUUCAGGUGUUGUCCUCCUACACGGCGCAUCUGGCAUCACACGAUGAAGAUGGUGGGCGGGAGAGACCUCCGGAGGAACGGGUGCCGUGCUCGAAGUGUGACAGUUUGGUUCUGAGGAAAAGUUUACGGAGACACCUGCUACGGCACACGGGAAGUCAAAAGUGCGAAAGUUGCGGUCACGAGUGCAAAAGUGUCAUGGCUUUACGGUAUCACAAGGCUCAACAUCGAAAGGGCGAUCUUUCCUGUUCGCUUUGUGGGAAGGCUUUCAAGCGGCAGAUUACGCUGAAGGAACACAUGGCAUCCCAUACAGGAGAGGUGCUGUACAACUGUGAUUUUUGCGAGAAGACUUUCAACUCACAUGCCAACCGAGCAGCGCACAGGAAGAAAAUGCAUCCUCGGGAGUGGCUCGAGGAUAAGAUGAGGAAAAAGCCCAACCUGCAGUCGAAGAACGGUGAAUAA